CUUCACCUUUUUGCAACGGAUUUUGAAACACUCUGUUUCAACGUCUUGAUAUUAUUGCCUGGACGCAUCGCGAAGGUUCAAAUCGCCACCGGAAGAAGAUAGGAACAUCCAUGCUACGUCAAUCGGGCAUGGCGGCUGAGAGAGGUCUUCAACUGUCGUCUUGAUUCAAGUGUUUAUUUUCGAAGUCAGGCCUUUAGGGGCCAUAAUGAUCUGGACCAGCCUUGCUGUCCUAGUACUUUGUACAAUCGGAUUCCUCUACAGUCUCGCAAAGAGACCCAAGAUCCAUCGCAAUGGCCAUAAGUUGAGACACCCACCAGACACGCUCCCACUGCUAGGGAAUGCCAUCCACUUCCUGAAACCUCGUCAUGUCCUGUUCGACUGGUUCGUUAAAUGCCAACACAUUUUUGGCAAUGAAACCUUCGAGAUCUCUGUGCCCACACUCCCGCCUGGCGUGGUCAUCAACAGUCCUGAGAACCUGGAAUUCGUAUUGAAAAACGAGUCAGCCAUCACCAAGGGCGAAUUUUUUAAACAACGGUCAUGGGAUCUAUUCGGACACGGCAUCAUCAAUGCCACCGGUGACUUGUGGCGAGCCCAGCGCAAAGCCGGUCUGAAGUUCUUCAGCGGCGCCAACCUUGACACCCUAGUUGAGGAAGUCUUGCCAGAAGUCUACGAAGCCACAACGAAGAAGGACCUUCUCCAAGCAGCGCAGGAUGGCUCUGUCAUUGACCUUCAAAAGGUCUUCCUCGACUUGACUACCACAAUCGUUGGACAGAUGGCGUAUGACAUGGAAAUCUCUGCCUCGUCUCCCUUCAGCAAGGCAUUCGACCACGCCUCCUCGCACGUGGGUCUGCGCUUCCAAAACCCACUCUACCGACUCACCGAGCUGUUCACGGGCGACGACUUUCGCUCCUCCCUGACCGAAGUCAAGCGCUUUGGCCGGCAAAUCGUCGCCAAUGCACGAAAACGCCGCUCCCGCGCCGCCUUCGAAAGCCUUAUUAAUGAUGAGUCCCUCUCCGACGCAUCCGCACCCGGCUAUGGCACGUUAAUCGACUCUCUCAUCGAAGCCUUCGCAGACCCGCAAAUCGUCGCGGACGCUGCGCUGAAUUUCCUGUCCGCCGGCCGCGAUACCACUGCGCAGUCGUUUACUUGGACAUUCUACGCUCUCCUCCGGCAUCCGGAUGCACUCAACGACGUCAGAGACGAGAUCAAUGCGAACCUGAAGGAUCUGGAGAGUCUUUACAUCUCGCAGUUGCAACCGACAAGUCUCCCGCUCACGCUCGCAACGUUCUACGAGGCGUUGCGCCUCUAUCCGCCUGUUCCGUUCGAGAUCAAGCAGACUAACCAGCCUGUUACACUGCCGGAUGGGACGUUUUUGCCCGCAUCCGCGGUCGUGGUAUGGUGCAUUUACGCGUUCAAUCGUUCGAGGGACAUGUUUGGGGACGAUGCGCAUUUAUUCAGACCGCGGCGAUGGCUUGAUGAAGGGGGGAAACUUGUGGGCAAGUCGCCAUUCGAGUUUCCUGUAUUUAAUGGUGGGCCGAGGGCGUGUUUGGGCAAGAAGAUGGCUGAGGUCAUGGGCGUAUGGGUUAUGGUUAGAUUUUGUAGCGAGUGGGAGUUCGAAGAAGUCACAGACGGCAUGGUAAAAGUGAGCGAGGACGGUAGGAGCGUGAUGGACGAGCGUGUAAGCGCGAACAGUCUUACGCUGCCGAUGGAAGGGGGCUUGCCCUGUAGGGUCAAGGUGAGACAUAGGAAUGCCGUGUAGGCUGGCCUAAAAUCAAGCAAGUCUG